AUGCUUCGUCUCGCCAACCUCACUGCUUUGCUUGCCGCGAUUGCUCCCGCUCUCGCCAUGUCUCCUCUCUCCAAUGCCCAGUACACCGAGACCAUCGGUGCUCAGGAGAUUGGCAGCACCGCCAUCUAUGGCACCAUGGUCUACUCCAUGAACCACUGCUCCGUCAUCCACAGCACCCAGUGCUACACCUCGCUCUCCACCGGCGGUCCUGCUCCUCCCAGUAGCACUAGCAUCGGCUACUCCUCCUCCUACACGCCUCCCCUCCCGAGUUAUGGUGAGCCAAGUGAGACCAUCACCAGCGGCGGCUCGGUCCCCGUCCCGACCCAUAGCACUGUGAGCAGCGGCGGCAGCGGCGAGAACCCGCCCCAGACCACGGGCACCCUAAUCGUCCAUGGUAGUGGCAGCUCCUCCACGACCACGCACACACCCGAUGUUCCUACUGGCGCUGCGGCCAUGGGCGCCGCGGUCAUGGGCAACGUCUUCGUUGCUGCCCUUGCUGCCCUUGCUGUCUAA